AUGGCCCAUUCUUCCUCGACGAGUUCCGACGAUGGUUCUCGUACCCCUCCUGCAAAGCGCCUGAAAACUCGGCGGAGUGCUGAGGAGGAGAACGAAAAGCCUCGAAGAAUAUCCCGUGAUGAGAUUAUACACUGUCCAUAUAAUCAUGAGGAUGGAAUUUUAGAUUCGGGAGAAGAUGACGAUCUCGAGAGUGGGAAGCGAGCUGCAUCCAUCAAGCCUACCGAGCUUGAGAGUACCUUGCCCCCUUUGAAAACUGACAGAGAAUCCAUUGAGGAGUAUGAGGCAAUGAGAGCCGGCGAGGAAGCUCCCCAGCGUUUGGAAGAGCGAUUGAUUCAAAGAAACUGGACCAAAGGCAAAAGCUCUAUUUAUGUCGAUGCGUUUAAUUUAGCGCUAGAGACUGUUCUGGCCGAUGAAAGUCACCUCUUUGAUGAAAAGGAGAUGGAGAUCUUCAAUCAAUGGAAGAGCUUGGACUAUGAAGCCCAGUAUCUUUACGUCCGCUUGUUCCUCAGAAAGACCUCUGCAUGGCACCGCAUUCAGCGAUUAGGUUAUUAUAGCGAUAUUUCGCAUCUUCCAUGCGCCGUGGAAAAGCUUCAGUCGCUGCGAGAUCUGCCAGAGUCAUCUGCCCCCGUUCAAGUCAACCCCGCAGAGCUUGCCCCGCCGGAGGGUACUGUGUUAGGGUCACCAUUUUCUUUCGCUGAUUCUUCCGAGGGAACAAUUAACACCCUGGAGGAAGCUUCCUCGCUCCUUAGCCUAGAUGAAUUGAAGGGACUUGCCAAAGAUGCUAAGAUUCAAGGGAAUAACAAGGCAGAAUUGCUAGGAGCUCUUCGAAGGAUGAGCCGCUGUCAAAGUGGGCUAGGCUGGGUCGGACUAAAGAAGUCUGACAGUGAACACACUACAACUUCCGACAGUGGUGAAGAUAACCCUCGGGUUGCUACAGAUGACAAUACAGUUUCUGAAUUGAACAGAGACAACCACUUUUUACGGAAGAUUAUGAAUAGCACAGGGCCUUGCAUUCGUCUAUCGCAACCCACUCUUAAACUUUUUGAGCGGGUUCAUUUGGUCUUCUACAGAUCAACGGAAUGGACAGAGAAGUCUCUAACAACCGUCAUAUUGGCUCGAAUGUCUCGUCGAAAUUUUCCGACUUAUCUCGUCUCAAGAUCGGCCAAUAUCUUCCCCUCUCGGUCCAGGUUAUUGGAGUUUGAGGCAGCAAUCAGGACGCAGUUUCGAGUCGAUAAUAUCCUAGAAUUUAAUGGUAAUAACAAGCAGCAAGGCUUCGAGGAUGUACUGGCCAUUUUUGACGGAAUCUAUCCACGCUGGAUAGUGCUUCUUGAAGAAGAAUUGCGCAAGGAGGAGAGUGUGUAUGAAAGCGGCGAAGGAGCAUAUGUCCGCCGAUUCUCGCCAGCCUGGGUAUAUACACGGAUUGUUCACAAAGCUGCCAGCGCCCUUGGCCGCUUGAAGAUGUACUUGCAGGAACAUACCGUCCUGACCGAGCUGCUCUCCCAAAAACUUUUCCACGCCGCCCGUCGCGGAGCCUGGUAUCAGCGUAAGGCACUGCUAGAAGAGCACUAUAUGUAUGCUAUCUCGCCUUCUAAGGGAAUUUCCGAUCCUGAGCAGCAGAAACGGCAUUGGAAACGCAUGUCCUUACAGACUUGCGAACAAGGACUACAGGAUAGAGAUUGCCACAUGAUCUACCACUACGAUCUGCAAAAGCGAAUCAAGAAGCUGGAGAAAAGUCUCAAGAUCCCCAUGCGGGAACAGCAUGAUUUUGGUCAUGUUUUGCUUUCCAAGCCAACUGAAGUAACUAUUGAAGGAAUCCAGAUCAAGAAAAUAUAUCCUCCCGUACUGAAACGACGCACAUCUACCCAGCCAGCUGAGGAGAAGCAACGCAGUACAAAGACGAUCUGGGUGGACGAGGAUGGAGAGGGAGAGGGAUGCGAAUGCAGCGUCGAGGCCAUGUGUCUCUCUUCGUACCGCUCACGCGGUCUCAAAGGAUACCACUCCGAGGGUGGAAUUAUACGCACCUUGUUUGCAUAUCUCUUCUUUGACGUUCUAUUUAUCUACAUCCCCAACGUCUUUCAGACUGCAUACCAGACCUGCCCAUUGGAUCUGCACACUGAUGCAUUCUUUCCAUCCCGUGGAUCAGAGAUCAAUCAUCGGCUUGUCGAGAUCGCGAACGGCAAGGCGGCCCAGAUAAUCCGCGCCGUUGACGAAAGAGAGCGCGAGAGAAGAACUUGUGUCAUUGGACUGGAUUGGGAUUUCGAACUCGAUGAUCUCCUCGAGAUUAUUGAUUGUUUUGAUGGGGCUGCGCUAGCAACAGUGUGCAAGGUCCUAGCCCAGGAGUAUAGAGUCCGUGGAGGAGGUAUUCCGGAUUUGUUCCUUUGGGAUCCGAAAAAGAAAAGCGUGCUGUUUGCGGAAGUGAAAAGUGAGAAUGAUAGACUAAGUGAUACACAGAGAUUGUGGAUCCAUGUCCUCACCGGUGCAGGCAUCCGAGUUGAGUUGUGCAAUGCGAUGGCGAAGCAGGUGAGGGUUGUUGAUGGGGGGUGA